AAAUUAGUGCAACAUAACCACCAACAUCCUCAACCCUCUCGAUCCCUUCAUUCUCUCUUCUCUCAAUGAAAAGAAACUAAAGAAACAGUGAAAAAAUCAACUACAGAUUAAUACAAUGCACAAACGCAACCUCUUUCUGUUUUAUAUCCUUCUCUCCACACUCACGGUUUUGGCAGUAGAAAAUGUAGAAAAGAAAAACCAAAACCCGUUCACUCCAAAGGCAUUCGUAAUUCGCUAUUGGGACAGAGUAAUCAAAAACAAUUUGCCAAAACCAUCCUUCAUCAUCUCAAAGGCUUCGCCGCUUAGCGCUUCCGACGCGGCGGCUUUCACAAAACAUGCUGCCGCCAACACACUAUCCACAAAGUUGCCUGAAUUCUGCUCCGCCGCACACCUCCUCUGUUUCCCGGAUGUAAAUCCCAGCCUCGCAAAACACACUAAGGACGCCAAAUUCGCAGUCUACAACGACGCUCAGAAUUUCACUAACUACGGAACCAAUAGACCCGGCGGAAUCGAUUCUUUCAAGAACUACUCCAACGAUUUUUCCAGUGAAGUUAACGAAUUCCGGCAAUAUAGCCGCAGCUCCGCUGGUCACAAAGAUAGCUUCACCAACUACGCUAUCGAAUCAAACGUGGUAGAUCAGAACUUCAACACUUACGGUACCGGCGCCGCCGGUGGCUCCGGCGAGUUCAAAGAAUACUCUAAAGACUCAAACGUCCCUAACCUACGAUUCACAACUUACUCCACCUCCACCGCUGGAAGAGAACAAAAGUUCUCAAGCUACAGCGAAGAUGGUAACGCUGGCGAUCAGAGUUUUGCUAACUACGGUAAAGACUCUGUCGGCGCCGUUAACGGUUUCGAUGCGUACGGAACGGACUCUAACGUUGCAUCGUCCGGUUUUUCUAGUUACGCGGGGGAACAAAGCACGAGUGAAAAUGACACGUUUACUAAUUACGGCGUUAACAUGAAUAAUCCAACGGAGAAUUUCAAAAACUACGGGAAAGGUAGUUUCGUUGCAAACGAAAAAUUCUCAAACUAUAGAGACCAAGCGAAUGUUGGUGCUGAUUCGUUUAGUUCCUACGGUAAAGAUUCACGAGGUGGGAUCCACGUUGAUUUUAACAACUAUGGAAAAUCAUUCAAUGAAGGAACCGACACAUUCAAAGGCUAUGCUAAAGGCGCUGAUUUAGAUCAUAAAGUUUCUUUCAAAGGUUACGGCGUUAAUAAUACUUUCAAAGAUUACGAUAAAAAAGGCAUUUCAUUUGCUGCUUACACUAAUGCUUCUUCAACUAACUCUGUUUCCGUUAGUGAUAGUUUGGUUAAAAAAUGGGUUCAACCGGGUAAGUUUUUCCGCGAAAUGAUGCUUAAGCAAGGGACGGUUAUGCCUAUGCCGGAUAUAAAGGAUAAAUUACCGAAAAGGUCGUUUUUACCGCGCACCAUUUUGACCAAAUUGCCCUUUUCAUCUUCUAAGUUGAAUGAGUUGAAGCAAGUUUUUAAGGUGUCAGAUAAUUCUUCCAUGGAGAAGAUGAUAGUUGACUCGUUGAGUGAGUGUGAGAGGGCUCCCAGUAAGGGUGAGAACAAGCGAUGUGUGGGUUCGCUUGAGGACAUGAUUGACUUUGCAACUUCUGUUUUGGGCCGCAAUGUGACGGUUCGGUCCACUGAGAAUGUAAAUGGGUCGGGUAAGAAUAUUAUGGUGGGUCGGGUUAAUGGGAUAAACGGUGGAAAAGUUACAAAAUCUGUGUGGUGUCACCAGAGCUUGUUUCCUUAUUUGUUAUACUAUUGUCACUCCGUUCCUAAGGUUCGAGUGUACGAAGCAGAUCUUUUGGACCCAGAGUCUAAGGUUAAGGUGAACCAUGGUGUUGCCAUUUGUCACUUGGAUACAACUACUUGGAGCCCCAGCCAUGGUGCAUUCAUGGCCCUUGGCUUUGGUCCUGGUCGGAUUGAAGUGUGCCAUUGGAUCUUUGAGAAUGACAUGACUUGGACUACUGCUGAUUGAAGGAGUAACUCAUAAAAUUGUAUCCUCCACCUUAAGUCAAUUUGUUUUUAAUUCUAGAAAUAAAUGGUUUUUCCUUUUGAAAAAAAUGUGUAUUAGUUCAACUAUGGAUCUAGUAUAAGCUUUGUCAUAUGGAAGUGUGUAUUAUUUAUGACUUCAUAAUGAAUGGAUUUGAGAAAAUCAUAGUUAAUUAAGCACAACACUGAAAACACAUAAGAAAAUGUGUGUUUAUAUGACUUUUAUAUCCAAAAGACAUAGUAAUGAAUAUUUCCAUUUCUUUUGAGAAAAAGAGAAAAUCCUUACCCUUCAC